GUCAUUUUUCCCAUCCCGAGUGACUUCAACCACCAACAUCCACAGCACAGGUGCUCCUCCGCAGCAACCAGCAGAGCUUCCUACUCUGAAAGAGUGUCCACCAGUCACUUUUCCACCUCCUCACUUUGUCCCUCACGCCAGACUCGGAUACACCCCCGGGCCAACCGGCCAUUCACCCCCGCCAUCAUGCUCUCCCUCGUGCUCACGAUCUUGUUCGUGCACAUCGCAAUCUACCUAGUCAACACAAUUGGCGCUUCUACAAUCGAUGCCCUGCUAUGGCAGCUAUACCUCAAACUACCCACAUCGACCUCCCGCAAUGCACGCGAACAGCAACGCAUGAAGCGCGAAGUCGUCCAGAUCAAGCGCGAAAUGAACAGCACCAGCUCGCAAGACGAGUUCGCAAAGUGGGCCAAGCUGCGUCGGAGACAUGACAAGAGUCUUGAGGAGUAUGAGGCGAUGAACAAAUCCAUGUCCGCCCAAAAAACGUCUUUCGACUGGAGCGUCAAAAGCGCCCGCUGGCUCAGCACAAACGGGCUAAAGAUCUUCCUGCAAUUCUGGUACUCAAAAACACCCGUGUUCGCCCUGCCGGAGGGCUGGUUCCCGUACUAUGUGGAAUGGGUAUUGUCGUUCCCGCGCGCGCCGCUGGGUUCCGUCAGUAUUCAGGUAUGGAGUAAUGUGUGUGCGACGGCUGUUGCGUUCUUGGGAGAGAUUAUUGGGGCGAUGCUUGUGCAACUGCUUAGCAGGAAGGAUGCUGCUGCUGUGCCGGUGGGUGGGGAGGAGAAGAAGGCGCAGUGAUGAGGAUAAAAGGAGAAAAAGAAGAAAAAAACCAUGACAGUACCGAGUACCUACUUGUGUCUGUCUUAUAAUGGAAAUGGAUCUAGACAAUGGAUAUGAUGACCGUUCUACGAGGGCUGGGUGUCUUGUCUUGUAUUAUAAAAUGGGCCGUCGAGUGCCGGGUAUAAUGAGUAUCGCAUAGC